UGGGCAGACUAUUACAACCAAACAGAAGUUAGUUGUGCCCCUGUGACAGAGAACCUGUCUGUCCCAAGUUCAUCUACUUUAGGAUGUCCGAUUUCUGCAGCUACUAGUAGUUAUGCAACACUUCAAGCAUUGGUCAGGUCUGCAGUGGUGACAGGAUCAAACAAAAGAAUUGGAUUUGAGAUAGUUAAGCAAUUAGCUGAAGCUAGAAUCAAAGUGGUGCUUACAGCAAGAGAUGAACAAAGAGGUCUUCAAGCAUUGGAAACACUGAAAGCUUCUGGUUUAUCUGAUUUUGUUGUGUUUCAUCAAUUAGAUGUGGCUGAUGUUGCAAGUGUAGCUGCUCUUGCACAUUUUGUCAAAUCCCAAUUUGGAAAACUUGAUAUUCUGGUUGACAAUGCUAGGAUUGGUGGAGUUGAAAUUAAAUAUAGUAAUUUAUUCAGUUCAGCACUCAUUACGAACGGGCAGGCACUAUCUAAUGAUGAAUUGAGAAGUUCAAUGACACAAACAUAUGAGUCAACUAAAGAAUGUUUGCAAAUAAAUUAUCAUGGAGCUAAAACAACAUUUGAAUAUCUUCUUCCUCUUCUCCAGUUAUCAGAUUCACCAAGAGUAGUCAAUGUUUCAUCAGCAUUGGGAAAGAUAGAGCAUGUAUCAAAUGAAUGGGCUAAAGGAGUUUUCGGUGAUGUUGAAAACCUUACAGAAAAGAAAAUAGACGAAGUGUUAAAGGAAUUUAUCAAGGAAUUUGAAGAAGGGUCUUUGGAAAGAAAAGGUUGGCCUAGGUAUCUGGCUGCCUAUACUGUUGCUAAAGUUUCAAUGCAUGCUAUUAUGGAAACUAAUGUUAAUUUUGGCAGUGUUUCCAAAGAAAUGCUGAACAAUAAUAUAUGUGCCAAUGAUGCUUCACUUUAUGUGUAUACUGCUUGUUUUUUUGAAGCAGUGACUGAAGAUAAAUGUCCGGUUAUAAUUGUUCAGUUUAAGCAAUGGAAUCCGGGAGUGAUUUUAGAACCUUGAGGACAAGGUUCAAGUGAACCC